ACUCUGUGCUACACGCAUCAUUUAUACGCUCUUCGAAUUAACCUGAAUAACAAAAGGAAAAGAUGAUAGGCUAGAUAUGACUCUUGAAUUUCAAUCGAUUUCGGAAGCUGGGCAGUUGCUGCUCGGCAGUCCAUUCAGUGGUCACAUCGACGAUGUUUUUGUUCUCGAUUCGAAAUAUGACGAUCCAUCGAGUGAAAGGAUCUACAUCAGACACGGUGCCAAUCUGGUUGCAUUUAACGUGUCUUAUAUUAAUAAUUUCAGUCAUUUGAAUCGACUUUGGAAUCAUCGUUUGUUUAACGAUGCCCAACAGAUGUCCUACCCAUUGCGAGCCUAUCCAUGGCUUGUUACUAAUACUAUGCUUGAUGACGGCAGUGAUGGGAUCGUCCUUCGUAACGAGGACGGAAUAGGUUUCUACCGUUUCGAUCCAAAGAAUACCAAUAAAUCCGCCGCAAAGCUUCAGGGCAUGUCACGUGACACCAGCUUCCGUGAUCUUUAUGGAUGGGGAGAAGUCCAUCAGUCUGUUGUCCUCAUUGGCCGAUUCUAUCACAACACGCGGCUGGUCGGAGUCAUGAGCCGGAAGAACGACAAGUCCGGCCCGGUUGUUGAAUUUUACGCAGCUUCCAAGGACCGACUUCAAUCUCGCCAGCCGCAUCCGCUUUUUCCUUUGCGAAAAAGCGCAACAGCUUCGGCUGCGGUCUCCAAAAUAUUUAAAGCAACCGAUUUUUAUGUGGCGGACAUCCAACGGAACGGACAGGACAGCAUCAUCGCACGUAAAGAAACUCAAUUAGAGCUGUAUCAGUUCGACGAUAGGUACGAACUUCGACAGGUGGCCAAAGUGUCACUGGUGGACAGUUCCGCCGGAUUAAAUGAACGAUUUUUCUUCGUUAACUUGACCGGACGACCUUUCCAAGACGUAGCCCACUUUACUGCACAUGGAUUGUUUGUCUACCAACAAAACACUCCGAAUGUAACUGGCAUUUCCAUGAGGGACUACAGUCUCAUUCACUACAACGCUGCAUUUUCUGAGACGAAUGGAUGGAUGCAAGAAUACGAUCAAUCCAUCCGCUUAGUUGAUGUGAACGGUGACGGGCAAGAUGACUUGCUCUUCACUGGCCCAAAAGGACUGACAGUACUUGAAUUCGAUGCAGAAGAAUUCUUCUGGAAAACUCUGUUGGAUCCUUCGUCGUUCAAUGAUGCCACACAACGCUACGCUAUUAUUGGCGGUGCUACUAAAGCCGUAAAGGUCAAAGGUGGAUACAAGGAGUCAUUUCUACUGACACUGGAUGAGGAAAGAAAACUUUAUUUGAGCCGACUUUCCGUUAAAGACGAAAUAAAACGAAAAAUUUCUCCCAUUCCUGCUCCCGCGGUUGUUCCAGUCACUCCCCGUCAUUCAACUGUAGAAAUUCCACUGCAGGUGAGACGUGCCAUUCCAGUAUCUGAAAGACCGAUACUCAGAUGGACAGAACAGCACGCUGAGCCGAUUUCCUUAACGGAUACAGUUGAUCCGAUAACCGGUGCCAUCCAUUUUGAGUUGCCUAUAUUCAAACCGACCAGAUUUUACGAUCCGGAUCUGCCUCAUUCAAUUUCACUUUCAUAUGACAGCCAAAGUGCAAUGUUUUCUAAUCUUGCUGGGUUAGGCUGGACACUUCAUCUGCCGGAUAAUUACAUCUUUGUCGAUCACAACAAUAGCAUCUUCAUCGAAGACUGGACAUUUUCCUUAGCAGUAGACGGCGUUCUCUUUCAACUCACAACAGCUUCGACUGCAGGCCCUGUUCUAUUCUUCCGGCAACCUGCACUCAAGUGGGAUGUUGAAUUCCAUCAAGAAAAACAGCGCUGGUUAAUUCGCACAGAAACGGAAACGCUCACCUACGGAUCCGAAAACACCGUAGAAGCCAUUCGCUGGAACCUCCACUGGCCUCAUUGGCGAGGAUUGGGCAACGAUGUCAAAUCGCUUAAAAGAGUUCCAAUCGCCUGGUAUUUGAUCCAACGGCAGGUGAAAGCUACAGGAAAACUAAUUAUUUAUCGCUACGACAUUGAUACCAUCGAAGAAAAGAAUAGCCUUCAUAAAUAUCGCUGGACAUCCGCCAUCCGGUUGAAAAAGAUCGAGUCGUCGACAACCAUCACAUUCGAUUACGCCGUCAAACUCCAAGACGAAUAUCAAUCAUUAAAUCUUCAAACAAAUCAGAGUAGUCUAUUACUCUUUCCGGUACCUUUAAGAGAGUCACAUUACCUGACGGGCUGCCAAAUAACGACAGAACACUACAAGCAAACGCUGGAAUUCAUUUACGAAACAGACAAGAAAAGUCGGCGGUUGUUGAAAGCCAUCAAGCAGCCAAUAACGGCUGACGUCCGCGAAUCCAUCUUCCGUUUCAAAUACCAGGACGAAACAUCGGAAGCCGUUGAGAUGUUGCUGAAUGAAAUCCAAAUGCCAAAGGGAUUAAACGUACACUUUCAACACAGAAAAAUUGAUAGUAUCGUUCUGCCGGAUUCUCCCUCGUCUGUAUCGCAUCCUGUUGAUGAACAACCGGCCAUUGCUUACAGUCAGGACUACGCGGUUAUGGCUUUCCGACAGCGACAAUUAGCCGACAAGAUUCAGCUGAAAAUUCUCGACACCCAUAAUUUGGCAACGCUGGCAGAGCUAACAGCUUUGCCAGCAAACGUGGAAGGCCGAGUCCUGUCCUACGACGUUCUCGCUUACACAAAUUUCUGUGUUCUCCUUCUAAAAUCAAAGGAAAAGCAGAAAAUGUGUUUAUUUCAUCGAACCAUUCGUGAUGAGACACCAAAAUGGAACAAGGAUUCUACUUGCUUUUGGUUCGGCCACGAUGCGGUAAUGCAAUCCAAUGAAGCCGGAGUCGUUUUACUUGAGGACAAAUCAGACAAUAUCAGAAUAAUAGAAUUAAACAAAGAUCUUUCCAAAUGGAACGAGCACCGAUUAAAAUUACCAUCCAACAACGUCCUUCGGCUUGAAAUGUUCAAGCAAAUGGUGGUCGGCUACGACGAUCGGCAGCUUUUCAUCUGCCACCGGCAAAGGUCUACUGGGAAAUGGCAAAUCCGCAAUAUCGAGCAAUUGGACGGCCUAUUUAAGGGAGGAUCGUCCAUUGUUAAAAAGUUCCGUUUGCCAUCGGACGCUGAGAAAACAUUAAUCAAAACUCUUCGCGAAGAUGUUCUGCAGAUAUCCAGCAACACGAUCGCCAUUACUUCGUUGCACCUCAACAAUGAUCAGCAACUCUUUUUGAAAAUGCGUCUUUAUCUGGUGGAUGCUCAUUUUAACGUGGCGCGUCGACGAGAAUUCACGUUGCACGGUGAACGCAUUUUGGAGGUGAGGCAGCGUGUAGAACAAGAAGGAACAAAAUUCCAACUAGCCUAUCAGUUGCUGAAAGAGGGUUUCUUCCGCUUGAGAAUCGUUAACGUGUCCGGUCAAGGGGUUGAAGAAAUGCAUUCAAAGAUGGAACAAGAACAGAAAUCGCAAGACAUGUUAGCCAAUCUCAAUGCUAAUGAGGAAUUUCUAAAAUUAUUCGACAACUGGUUUUUAAUCAACUGGCCAUUCUAUCGAGUACAGAUGACUCAGCAAGGGCUUCACACCGGAAACGGCACAUUGAUUCAAAUGAUGGGUGACGACUGGCAACUGCAAGAUCCCGACAUCAAAAUGAAUGCCAAAGAAAGCAAGCCAUUAUCCGUCAGUCUUGGUCAUUCAUUCGUCUUGGAAGAAAUGCAAGUCGAUGAUCAACAAGCACAACAUUGGACGCUGUAUGCCCAAGAUACCGUUGUGCCUAAUCGCAAGAUCGGGCCCCAACUUCAUCAGUUACAACCCAGCCCACCUGAUAGGAUUGUUAAUCGCUACCCAGUGUACUUGGCUUACCAAACAGCAAACAACGUCACAAUACUUAUUUCCUUUGCUGAUAACGGCAAGGUGCUGGGAAACGUCCACACUUUCCCCAACGAACAGCUGAUGACACACAGCAGCUUGUACGACAGAGUGACGACAUUGGCGAGUAAAGAUGGAUCACACCCGGAAAAAAUGCAGUUGUUGACGCGAUCCUUGCGUUCCAUCGACAACAGCUUUGCCCAGAAAACGAAUGCCGUUAAACGAAUGAAAACGAGCAACAUCGACGCCAGUUUACACCGUUAUACCGGUUACGAGUGGAACAACAAUGUCGAAGGUAACGUGACUCUUACCAUCAUCCCUGGAAACGAUAGAAAAUUGGCCGGAUGGAUAAGACAAAUGUGGACGUACGACGGCAAACCUUCCGGUGGAUGGACUCGAACCGCAUCAGAAAUGUUUGACGCUCGCGGCCACUCGGUACCAAAAACACACGAAACUGAGGAGAAUAAUGACAACCCACGCACGAGCAACAGCAUCUUGUGGGAUACCAACAGGCAAAGAAUCAUUAGCGAUUUCUCACCUUUCAAUUUAGGUGAUCAGAUGGUUUCGUAUUACGGAUUUGAACGGUACGAAGUCAACAACUCGAGUUCGCCCAUCCGCUGGCGAUUUGCUGAAUCCGACGUCGUAGAGGGAGGGUUCUCUCUGACCGGUAACCGCCACUUGCAACUAAAAGCCGAUAACAAACAAUCAAUAUUAGAAGGUACUUUUAAUCCGACUGAACAGAACAUUGAUUACGUGGCUUCUUGCUGGAUCCGACCACUUGAUGGUAUUCGCUCCUUGGCCAGCACGAUUGAAACUACAAUCAACAAUUAUUUCAAGGCCAUUGUCAAUGCUAAUGGAACCGAAAUGGUAGGCUUGUUGGCCCGGGUUUUGCGCAAAUCAGGUGACUGGAUCUACUUGGAAGUGCUGAUCAACUUUGACAAGAUUAAGCAACUUUACGACGAGCAUUUGGAGACGCUAAAAGAAGGCGCGAAACAGAGUCCGACAAUACCUCAAUUUUCCAUCACGCUGAAAGCUGAAGCCCAGCUGCAAGACGGGCGGACAGCUGUUCUGGAUGUGGACCACAUUCGAUUCACCCCAAUGUCACACAACUUCAAGGCGAUCGUCUACGAUGCGGACAACGGACAACCUGUCUCAACAAUAAGCUCCAUUGGUUCCAUUAGCCGAACUGUUUAUUACCACGGCCGGGAGAUGGCCGUGAUCGAUGACGUCACUGCAAUCGACGGACGGCACAAAUUAGAGCAAGUUGCAACUUCCAGUGUCACCGGCCAUUUGUUGCCAACACCGAGAGGGCUGCCUUCCCACAUUGCCAAACAGCCACCAUGUCGCAUUGUUUUCCAUCCGGAUAACGGCGGAUUGUAUGAAACUUUCGACGCUUUCGCAUGGCGCAAUCGCUGGACUAUUCCAGCAUCCGAAUCACGAAACGCAGCAUGGACCGUCGCUCCCGGCCGGUUGUUGCACAACCAUCAGCAAUCUCAUCAACUCGUCAGUGCGGAUCCUUCGGCCCUGUUUGGAACAGAAUCAUCUUCAGCAGCCAUUCGCUGCUAUUAUUCGUUGGUGUCUUCCAACGCAUCCGUAACUUGGAAAUUGCCUGCGGGACACGUCCAAUUGUCGCGAAAAUCGAGCGAAACGUUUAGCACAUUGACUCUCACUACAAGGCAUAAACAAAAUUUGUACGCUGCUACCAACAUACCCAACAAUGGCGAAUUGAUUGUGUUGAUGGAAGGCAGGCGAUUGUUCAUUUGGAUCGACAGCGUCCUGCUCAUGGACGACGUCAUUUCAGUCAAAAGCGCAUUAACGUCGUUGAUUUUCGAGGCUAGAGGCAACAGUUUCAUCGAAGAUUGCAUCUUCAUGGGAAAUCCACGAACAGAAAUGGAAUAUCUAAACGAAUGGGGAGAAAGGAUGCAGACAAUCAAGUUGGAAUCAGAUACAUCCGUUCUGGUUUCUCAUACCCUUUACGACGCGUUGGGUCGGCCAGCAAUCACCACCAAAGUGACGAGAAUCACGUCGGAUGAUCAACAUCCAUUGCUGACGUACCACAAAGAUUUCAUCCGUGGGCCGAUCGAUCCAUCCGAUCCGCUCUCAGUUUGGCAGACCCAUCGACUCCGUGGCGAAGUGGAUCGUUUGAAUGCCCCAGACAGAGGAGUUGCUUACUUUCGCGUAGAAUACGACGUCAAUCCGCUGAACGAGAAGAUCAUCGAAGGACUACCCGGCCCGGAAUUCACCGUCAACGGUCCAUUCGCUAAGAAAUCGCGGACGUGGUACAGCGCCAAAGACAACGAAAUCGACGUCGUAGAAAACCAUUUCCCAACGCGUAGAGGAUUCCGACACAAGGUCGAAGAAUUGGCAAACGGGACAAGAAAAGUGGCCGUCCUGGAUGAAAACGACAACAGAGUGGCAUUAUACAUUUACGUUCCAGGCUAUGAUCACUUGUUGAGUACUUACGAAUACGAUUCCAAGAAACGGCUCAUCAAAAUCCUUCCGCCCCUUUACCACUUCCAGGCCGAAACGUUAAUGAAAGCCAGUCCGUUGUUGCCGGCAACACGGCCGAACACGGACGAGAUCCGUUGGCAGAAAAAAUUCGGUACUUUCAUGAGCUACGACGACCAAACUGAUCGACUCACUAGCAAAACGACUCCUGAUGCUGGAACGUUCCAUUAUUAUUACAAUAGUGCCGGACAAGUUCGUCUGGAAGUCCAUUCGGAGGAAACGGACACGAUCGACAGCGUCGUUUUUUACGAGUACGACGUCGACGAUGGAACUGUUACUCGCACCGGAUAUCUGGAACAGAUGCCCAUGUCACGAGAAAAAUUUCAAAAAUCAUUAGCAGAAGGAUCACUGACGAAUGCCAAAUCUUACCAGUUCAUUGACAGAACAGAGGUGGAACAACGCCAUUAUGAUCCGUCGCUGUCCAGGGGUGAACGCAACGCUACAUUCGUGACGCAAAACUCCAAUUACAACGUCGUGGAAGAAAUGCGAUGGGACGGCCAAGAUCAUCUGGUGGAAUUGAAACAAAUCAUGCCCGACAGGAUGUCCGACUUGCAAAUUCGCAAAACAUACGAUUCACACGCUAACCGAUUGCAAUCGAUCGAGUAUCCAACUGAAAAUGGCGAGCCUCUACGACUGCAAUAUCAUUACAAUAAACUUGGACAGCUGACUGAAUUGACGUUAGAGGGCCAAAAAGACGUUGUCGUUCGCUUCGGCUAUCACGGGAGUGGUCAGUUGGCCAGCGAGUCUUUUCAGCCAGGAAGCCGUAGCGAAUUCAACCGGACAUUUCAUUACAAUUCACCCGGCUAUCUGGAUCGCAUUUCCGAUCCUUACUUGACGGAAGUAAUAUCUUACACGGAAGACGGAUACGGGCAAAGCGGUUACGGCGACGGCAUUGUCAUGAAAACGAUGUUUAAUGCGACAUGGUCACCUAACGCUGAUUGGAGGUGGUUUCAGGUUGCAGAUGGCUCGAAAUUUGCGUUGGAAUCGAACACAUCCGCCAAGCUUUGCUUCAACGCCCUUAAACGUAACGGGUACAUGACCAAGACUGGCCGGCCACUCAAAGAUUACUACUACCCUUUCAGCGCCGACGGCCAGGGUAAGAACUGGAUGCCUUUAGUGUGCGGAGGACGAAACGGCCAACAGAUAGCCAAAGUCUUGGCCCAAAAGCGAAUGCCCCGAAUUUAUGGACACCGUUACGCUUACGGCCAUCACCAGGAACUCGUUAAAGCAAAAUAUUUCACGGACGAAACGGAAAGUAUGGCCAUACCGUUCCAGCCGGAUUCUCUGGCAACGCAAACUGCUCUGAAUAAACAACAGUCGAGGGACAUUUGGAAGAAACUGGAUGACGCUGGAUUCAUCCUCACUGACCAACGCAAUUCCGACUGGUUGGCGGCAAUUGCCAAUCCUGCAAACUCUUUGCUGCGUAAUGCCGAUUUGGAUAACGGUCUUCGAGCCGUUGCAACUGCUCAGGAUGACGUGGCACUCUACAAAGAUCACAUCGAGAAAUUCAUCCUGUACAACAUUGGUCAACGUAAACAUAAAUUAAUUGAUUACGAACAGUUUCAGAAAAUGUUCUUUCAAUGGAAAGGUAUCGAAGAUGGAUUACCAUACCCUAAUGAGGAGCGUUUCAAGCGCGUGGUUGCCAAAGUCCAUCAUUUGCUCAGCAAAACAAAAGACAACUCGGAUUGGUUGAAUCCAAAAUUGACGGACAUUUUUCGUCCAUCUCACUAUUCUCCAUUUCUAUCCGAUUUCAUCCGCAUCGUGGGUCAACGUUUCGCCAAUGGUUUGGGCCAGCACCCGUUCGACGUGGCUUCGUACGAAAUCGAUGCCAAUGGAAACCACCGUAAAUUUUACACAGGUUUUCAACGAUACGAGUUUUCUUACGACGACAAACGGAUCAAUCAAAUUCGCUCCGUCAAAGCGGACAAUCCCGGUCAACUGAAAAACGAGAAAGCAAAGGAAAUGAUUCACGACAGUCAGGGCAACGUGAUUCAAGCACUUCACAAGGGCAUCCAGCGAAUAGAAUAUAAUGUGGCAUCCAAGCGCACGACAGCCAUCCAUCUGACGGAUGGCCGAACAGUGCGCUUCGCCUAUGACGGACAUGGAGAAAGGACAUUGAAGCAAGUAUUGGCAAAAGACGGUCAAGUGAUGAUGGAAGUGCAGUACUUACGCGACGAAGACGGACGAGUUUUGUACGAUCGGCGCAUAACGCGUACACCAAUGAUGGCGUCGGUUCCAGAACUUGAAAAUGCCGCAUCCAUGGCAGUGACCACGUCGUACAUUUAUGGUCCUCGCGGACUCGUCGGUUUCUUCCGCAACGGCAUCUUCCACAGCGUAUGGUCCGACCACACCGGUUCAGUUCGACUUGUCCUAAGAGAUGGCCAUGUUGUCUCCGCUUACGAUUAUCUUCCUUACGGACAACUGAUGCGCGUCUACGGAAACGAUCCAGCUGCUGCAAUAUCCUAUCGCUACACUGGCCAAGAAUGGGACGAAGAGACAGGUCUUUACAAUUACCACGCACGAUUCUACGACCCGGACAUUGGCCGUUUCUAUCAACCGGAUCCACGCUCACAAUAUUUUAGCCCGUACAAGUAUGUGGGUAACUCGCCAAUAUCGCUAGUCGAUCCCGACGGAGAAAUUGGCCUCCUUCUGGCAUGCCUCAUCGGAUUCGGCGCGAUAGGCGGAAUGUAUAUAGGCGGGGCGACCGCCAAUGACAACUGGAACCUGGCCAAAUGGGAGUACAACACCCACGAGACUUGGUUGGGCAUCAUAGGUGGUGGAGUAGCUGGUGCCUUCACGCCCCUUACGGUGGGACCCACUAUUGCAGCCAUAGGACUUCCGGCUACCAUUGCAGCUGCUAGCACAACGGCUUAUAUCUCGGCAGCUGCGUCUAAUAACCAAUGGAAUCCAUUAGAGUGGAACUUUACCAGUCCGGGUACCUACAACGGGCUUUUCAUGGGAGCCAGUUCUGCUUUAGGCAUCGUUUCAGGAGUCGGCAUGGCUCAUCAGUUCGCCAGCAAGUUUGCAACGUUACCCAAGUUGUCCAUCCUGACUGCAACAUACGGCACCGCUGCAGGUCUGGCUUACGGCCAUGGCGUAUUGGCCAAUGAAGGCAAAAUGAAUCCCUUCAAGUGGAACUUUACUAAUCCGGGCACUUGGAACGCAAUGAUCGACGGUAUAGACGUUGGAAUUGGCUUACCCACCGAUUUGACUCAAAUGAGCCGCGGCAUUUUUAAACUGGCUAAAAACAGUCCGAAACAAUUAGCUGCCAUUCUACCCAAUUUAAAUCAUUUAAAACUGAAGCAACUAACACCUUUGUUGGCAAAGGUAGCCAAAGGUCCUUUAGGCAAAGGCGCUGAAGGGGCAGUGAUCGCAUAUGUCAUGACCAGUCUGGUGAACAACAAUUUCAAUCCCAGCGGAUGGGACGGCUCAUCGUUGUCCACUUACGAAGCAUUCCUCAACAGCCUUUCUAUGGGAGUGAGCAUUCGCAACAUGUUCAAAUCGGGAAAAAAACGCGCUGGCAACCAUCUGGAAACAAAAAGCAACCAAAGAAUUAAACCUGCAGUAGAAAAAACACAUUUAGCCACUAAAAAGGCAUUUGACGGCGUUAGCCUAGGCAACAUUCAGAAAUGGAUCAAUACUCAUCUUGAUGCUAAGCCAUUAGCUAAAUUGCUGCAUGUUAGCGUCAAAUUGGAUUUCCAAUUUUCGGCUAAACCUUCGGCUGGUACAACAAGGCCGAUAGAAAUGCAAUCGAUUUCAAAUCGAUUAGCAGCAAUCGAGGCACCUCCAAUCCGAAAUAGAAAAAGGCAAAACGAAAUUGAUACCGACAGGGAAAUCGGGUCAAUGGGUUGUGGGCCGAGACGAAGCGGCACCCUAUCAACGUCAUGCAGUAUACGCCUACCUGAUACUGAAAAGCAGGGGCAAUUAGACAAAGAUCCCGUUGGCUUCCUCAAAAAAACGGCAAUCAGCACGCAGUCGAUUGAGAAAGCGACAUUUUCAAGCGAACAUAUUUCGCCCGUGAAUGGAAAAGAGUUCAAGUUCCAGCUGGUGGAAAACUUGAAUGGCCAAGGGUACCACUUGAGUGCAAGAUCGCCGUCUUCAAACGAUGCGACGGCCGUUCAAGGCUAUUGGUUGUCGACGGGGGAAAAAAUCCACAUCAACCCUCUGGGUGACACACGAUUCAUUUUCACACCAGAAUUACAGGACUACUCCAUCUACGUCAAAUACGAUUACGACAACAAAGGAAUAGACGGACAACACGAGCCCCAAAUGACAGUCUACCAUCACAAAAGGAAAUUUCCAAACGUCAUUUAUGUAAAAGAAGGACAUUUCGUUGCGAAAAAUGGAGAGCCGAUCCAUGAACUGAUAGGCGCACAACAGUUGUAUGACGUUAAUGGAAAUGUUUUAAAACCUAAAAAGGGUGAAAUCACACCGAAAGAAAAUAUUUACCGUAAGGAUGACGGCGGCAAUCUUAAAUUAGUUAUGGAGGAUAUAGUCAAAGAAAACCGCGAACUUUCAAAGAUAGAGGACGAUCUGGCGGCAGAAUACGACGUCGCAAUACGUUACGAGGAUUACCUGGGAUUGCCAAGCGAUUACGAUUCAGUCAUGUUGGGAAAAAAUUUGGGCAGUAUGGCCUCCACACCGCUUCUAUACAGAGAUGCUAAAGACAACCAGUGGUACUUUGCCUCGCAAAAGGUAUGGUACCGAAAAUCGAACAGCGAGCCACACAAUUUCGAAGAUUUCAAAGUCUAUCCAGAUUCAUUCGCCGAAAAUUACGCCGACUUUCGUAAACAAGCAGGUGAUAAUUUUAAGGUUAGUGACUUCGUUUACCAAAUGAGAAGCAACGCGAAAACAAACGGAGUUGUCAUCAAGGAGCUAAACUCCAUACCGCGAUCUCAAUCUGAAGCCGAUCUACUUGCGCAGAUGACGUUUCCAACCCGAAAAGAUUUCAAAGAUCACAUGCAAUCUCCUAAGGCAGACGUCGAUCGUAACGGAAAACCAGUACCGGAAGGGCAGAAUAAGACUGAGCCGCAAGUGGAUGUCCGCGACAUAAAUAUCGGCGGUAGAGGACGCUCCCGUCGCUCACCCUUGAUGGAAAACAGAAAUACAAGUUACCCAUUCAAAUGUCAACGGGGACUAGAUAACGCUUACGAAACCCUAUCAUCUUUUGUUCCGGCGAAAUAUGGAACAUCCAGCGGAUCCCGUCUUAGCAGUUGGAUCAACUUAUUGUCACCUCUAACUGGACGCCAAAUCAUCAAAUCCAUCGUUUCCAUCAUUUCCAUCGAUUCCAUAAUGGAAUUCACUGCAGUUCCGGAAACACCCAAUCUGGCUGGAGAAUUAGACUAUCAACACGCGAUUAAUUUACCAUCGAAAUUGGAUUCUGAUAAAAUCGAUUAUCGUGAUGUAACAAUUGGCAAUUGCUUUACCUUUUCUGAGGAUGCAUCAGUCGUUUGUUACGGUUACACCGGGAAAACGCUGUUGUUUGCCCAGCCAGCCGAUAGUCCUCUCCCGGUGGAACACACUGAAGACACGUUCGGUCAAUGCCGACCAAUUGAAUGGUAUGGCAAACCAUCUGUGACGUGUCGCGGUGAAAAAACCACCUUCAUCCACACUCCAUAUGAAAAGACUUCGGCAGCUGUCAACCUUUUGAACGCUGUUGAUGGUUGGCUACUUUUGUCUUACGUAGUUCCAGGAUGUUAUCGGGAGGCCAACAAGCUUAUUUCCCACGUCAAAAAUGUUUGGAUUGGAUCAGCAAAGGUCAGCAUUCCUAUCGACAAUGAAUGUAAGGAAUUGUGGCAGAAACAGAUGCAACAAGUGGAACAACUACUAACCAAAUGUGAUUAUCAUCACGUGAAAUGGGCGCUGCCCUUGGUUGAAGAAACUCGCCUUCAAAUCCAAACACUGACGAAUACAAGUAAAGCCAAGACGAUGGACGAUGUGAGAGCAGCAAGGACUAUGACUGAGAGGCUGACGGCACUCAUCGAGGACAUCGGUGAGGUGAUUGAAUGUGCAGAGGACGAUGACGUGUUUUACGACUGUGUUGAAGAGUGUCCAGGUGCUGAAGAGCCUAUGUUUAACGAAAGUAAUAACAGCGCGGAAUCAAUUUCGGCUAGAUUACAUCACCUUACUCAACGUUUAAAAAUUUCAGCUUAAAAGCCAUAUGUGGCAAAAUAUAGUUCAUGGCUAGGAGGGAGGGUUAGACAGCUUAAAAACAUUAUACACGGUGAACUAAAGAAACAUGUAACACGUAGCAACACUUUUAGCAGAUUCACUGGUACUUUUUAUCCUAGUGCACCCAAAGUAGUAGUUAGUGGCGCAAUAACAAACUUUUUAAUGAAACCUUACCUAACCACCACGUAUCUAACCACGAGCGCUGCCGCUGCUUGAAGAAACUCGCCAUCAAAUCCAAACACUAACGAAUACAAGUAAAGCCAAGACGAGCAGCAAGGACUCUUACUGAAAGGCUGACAGCACUCAUUGAGGACAUUAAUGAGGUGGUUGAACUUGGAGAUGAAGACGAAGUGAUUUACGAUUGUGUUGAAGAGUGUCCAACUGCUGAAGAGCCCAUGUUCAACGAAACCAAAAAACGGCGCUGAAUUAAUUUCGGCUAAAUUACACCACCUCGUGCAAGAUCUAAAAAUUUCGGCUUAAAACCCAAUGUGACAAAUACAGUCCAUAGCUGGGAAUUAGAGUUAGACAGCUUAAAACAUAUACGGUGAACUAAAGAAACGUGUUACACGUAGCAACAAUUUUAGCACGAUUCACUGGUACUUUAUCUCGCUACACCCAAAAAGUAGUUAAUGGCACAAUAAAAAACUUUCAAAUGGAAA